AUGCCGGUCAUGGAGAAAGUAUCAUCCAGAGAGCGAGAAAGCCAAGUAAGAAAACACAUGAUGUGAAAUGUUUGCUUAAAGUUACUGGAUUAAUUCUUUUUUUAAGAGUGAGUGUGAUCGCUUUCCAUGGUGCUGAAGUUGCAAUGAGAGUGGAUUUCAGCACCACGGACAGAGGCAGAUUCACUUCCACUUGCUCACCACUAGGGGUGAAAGUGAUUGCAGGCCUUCUAUGUUCAAAAAUAAAUUAAAAAGAAAGAUUUUUUGAGGAUGAAUUUUAUUGAAAGUAUGAAUUAAACUAAUUUUUUUGACUUUCUUCUCCCCUCAAAUUUUGUAGUUGUCUGUUUUACCAGGCAAAGCUUUAAAAAGAAAAGAAGAAAACAAAGACAAAAACCCUCAAAGUUCAUGUUUCCACUGCUUAUUUUACAAUUCUAAUAUCCAGGUCAAUUUUAACAUCCUGGGUUACUAACCGUAUAAUGCAAAUGAUCACACAUCAGACAGCAAAGAUAAUCAAUUUGCAUUUUCUGUCCUUAAAAAAAAAACAGGAGUGUUUUCAAAUCCCACAGGGCAGCGGGACUUGGAAACACUCGAAGCAUUUAAGAUGAAUUAUUAACUGAUGUUCUAAUAAUAAAACCAUAAAGAAAAGAUGUGAGGGAAUUACCCUUUUAACUAAUGAACCUUCUGUGAAUCACGGGAAAGACGUAAAGAAAUAAUUGAAGAGAGGAUUAAGAUUCAUGUGUUGUUGCUGUGACAAAUCAGGUGCUGCCCAAAGUCCCCGUUCCCCCGCUGAAGCAGACCCUCGACAUGUACCUGAGAAGUAUACAGCACCUGCUGAAGGAGGAGCAGUUUAAGAAGACGAAGGCCGUCGUGGAGAAAUUCGGGGCGUCUGGAGGGUUGGGAGAGAUUCUGCAGAAGAAGCUUCUAGAGAGGAGGGACAAGACAAACAACUGGGUAAGAGAUCAUGAGUGGAAAAACUUGUUUUUUGUGCAGGUGCGACAGAAAACAAGAUUUUUCUUUAAGUUGGAAAAUUCAAUACUGUGAUUAAAAUUUAAUCAACCACCAUUAUAGUUUACUUUUCUUAUCACAGAUUCUGCACCAGAUAUCGAACUCUGCAUCUGCUCCAUUUGUUUAAAUUUUGAUAAAAAUCGCCCUCUACUUCGUCUCUAACUCUGUACAACCUCUAAAAAUAAUCUAAACCCAUUGAUGAAAGAGUUGAAAAGAGGUAAACACCUGGCGAUGAUGAUUUAUUGAAGCCUCCUGCUCAUGCUUUUUCACCUCAAUCUCUCCUCCCCCUCCUCCCGCGUCUGGCUGAUCGCUCAGUCCACAACUCAUCCGGCUGGGUGAAAUCUAUCACGCUCCCACUCUCCCUGACUCUCUGCUUUCAUGUGGCAGUGAUACACUGUAAUGGUUUUUUACUCCAUCGCACACAGGUCUCCACUCAGAAAGUAAUAACUCUGAGUCCAGAGAGCUUAAUGAAGCAACAUUUCUCAAAGAGUGUCUCCUUCUUUAGGUGUAUGAGUACUGGCUGGAGGACAUGUACCUAAACAACAGGUUGGCUCUGCCUGUUAACUCCAGUCCUGUCAUGGUGUUUCCUAAGCAGACGUUCAGGGAUCAGAAAGAUGCGCUCAGGUAUGUGAUGGACUUUUGGUUCCAACUUUAAAGCUGCAAGAAAAAGACAUUCAUGCAAAAUGACUUAUUUUUUAUGAAUGGGAAAAUGUGCUGUUUUUCUUCAUUGACAUAAGAUAUAAAUCAGCAAAAACUACCUUUAAGAUUCAAAUUCUGUAUAUUUGAGCUUUUUGCCAAAAUCCCAAUUAAUCCAAAAUCAAUCAGAAUUAACUUAAAAAGGCUUUUGAUCGCUCAUUUCAACUGACAGACAAACCAAAACCAAACUUUUUACUUUUAAAGGUAUAUUACCCCCAUUAUUGAUCAUCAGAAUAGAAACAAAAUCAUUUUCAAUCAAGUAACUAAAUCUAAGCCCAAGCCCAGGUCUGUUUUUGUUACUUGGUUGAAUUUUCCUUUGGGGAUCAAUUAAGUUCUUCUUAUUUCUUAUUUCAAAACCAACAAGCUGGAGGAUUGUCAAACAUUUUCUGCGAACUCCACAGUCGAUAUCUAGGAAUGAUCAAACUUUAAAGCUCCUGUGAGGAGUUUUGGAUUAGUUAUAAGACAGACUCUAUGUUGCAUAAAAGCCAAUGAGACGAUUGACAUCAAGAUUGACUAGUGACCAUAUGUUUCUCUUUCGCCUGGACUUGUCCUCUUUUUUAGGGGCUGUUAGGGCUUUGUCCAGGGAAGUUUAUAAAAUCCUUCAAAUGUCUGCGGUUUUGUGUCAAGUUUGUGUCACGUGGACUUACUGAGUUAGAUGCGUGUAAAGACACUCGAUCCGACCUGAAAAACUCUCAAAAUUGACUUUGUUCGACUCAGUGACUCCGACCUAGUGUAGCUGUGUCCUCUUUUUGGGAAGUCAGAAUAUGGUCACCCUAAGAUUGACAAUGUCUAUGUCAUAAGUUUUGAUGCUGUGAGAGGGUAGGUACACUAAAGUUAGCCUUAGUUACUUUUUCCACAACAAAAACAUUUAAGAUAUAUUGUUGGAGACAUGGCCUGACACCGAGAAAUUACGUGAGGAAAGAGCUACCUUUGGGAAACACUGGAGAUAAAGUUAAAAAAUAGAAGAUAAAGAUUAAAAAAUAAAAUGGUAAAAAGAAAGAGUAAAACCUGAUGGACUAAAACAAGAAAAAAAAUAUUAAAUGGACAGAUAAGUAAGAGCUCUUUACCAUGUGAAAGGCGUAAAAGAAGUAAAAACCUCUAAGACGGGAAUUAAGAAAGAGACUAAGAACAGAGAUAAUUUAUAAAAUGACAUAAAAGAAACAUGAAGAACUUUGAUUAAAAUGAACAUUUGCAAUAAGAGAAAUAUAAAAAGGCAACUAGUAAAAAGCCUAGUUAAAAAGGUGAGUCUUGAGCCUCUUCUUAAUCAGAAAUAAGAGUUACCACUUUGUCCACAAGGGGCAGCAAAGUCAGCACAGACAGAAAGUUCCUCACAGGAGCUUUAAGUUGAAAUUCCACCUAAAAAAGGAGAAAACAGAAAAUUGUGCAAAUUAGAAAUAUCAGAUGUUAAAACUGAAAAAAUGUACUGCAUUGAAAACAGACGUGACUGUAGUGGAAAUUAUCGCAUGGGAUCAAGAUCAAUUGAAAAAACGAUGUAUGUGAACAGAAUUGAUUAUUGCAUUUACCAACUACAUCAUGACUGUCAUUUAAGAAUCAAGUUCGAGCUCUGAGCGAUAAAUGAACGAUUGUUUAGUUUCCCUUUCUAACAACAUAAACUCUACAGUAGAUCACUCUUUUAUCUUCUCCUUCUCAGCAGUCUUCUGAUAACCAUCUGACAAACAGACAUGCAGAAAAAUCACAGACCUCAUCCUUUCGUCUAAUCUCUGUUAUUAAAUGAGCUGUGCUGCUCCACCAGACAUUACACCGCUCCCUCCAGCUCUGCAACUCAACAUUAGCUUUUGUCAGCUCAUGCCACACUAACUGAAUAUUUCCAGAGCACCUCAAGCGGGCUAGUAAUCUACUGACACAGACACUUAUUAGAUUGGGAGUGACAGGACCAAGCUCUCCGCAGAGACUGCUAGUCAGGCCUCAUUUAGGGGUGUGGUGCUCAGCGGGCCGCCUCCUUUGUAUCGAUCCGGCUUUGAACGUAAUAACACUGAGACAAAUGACACAAAACACGAGAGCUGACAGGGCUCUGUGUUUUCCCUGUUUGCCCUCACCGCCCACUCAGACUGACUCUCUCUGUCUCUCUCACUAACGCUGACAAACACACACAGCUCGCCCACUGUAUCCCAGUAAUUAGCCAUAAUGUGAUUACUGUUACAGGGAAGAGUCUACGUCUGAUCAUGAUUACCAACCCUUCUCUGCGUGUUUUCUCUUUUAAGGUGAAUUUAGCACCUUGCUUUUCUAAUUUCAAACCUCUCACUCUUUUCAGAUUUUCCGCUCGUCUCAUCAGAGGAGUGCUGGAAUAUAAGGCUCUCAUUGAUGCGUAAGUUUAACCUCUAAUGGAUCCUGCAGAAGUGAAAGUCUUUAGAGGUAAUAUGAAGUUUAUGUAAUGUCUCUCAGGCGAGCUCUGCCGGUGGAUUUUGCCCGAGGCCAGCUAGCUGGAACCCCUCUGUGCAUGGAGCAGUACUACCGUCUCUUCACCUCCUAUCGCUACCCCGGGCUAAAGACAGACACACUGAAGGUCCAGAUGAACACGGCCUCCUCGGUGCCUGAGCACAUCAUCGUGGCGUGCAAGAACCAGGUCAGGAUGAAGGGCUCUGAGGACACUUUUCACACCCCAUCACACUGUUAGUUGUAGACUGUGUCCUGAUCACUUGAGAAAAGCAUAUACAUAAGUUAAGGAUGACUUUUUUUUUGCAAGUGGGAUUAGACUCGAAAAAGAGAACUCCUCCACACUCAUAAACCUCAGCGGUGCUUUAAUAAAAGGUUUGUUUUCGGGUAACAGCCAGGAGGAGAAUUUAAAGCAUUUAAUUUAGAAAGAAACAUGUUUAAUCACAAAUUUGUCUCAGAGGAAUAAAAAGAAGACGAGCUUGCCUACAUUAAAUAAAGAAGCAAAAACAAACAGUUUUUAAACAAGUGGUGAAGGAGCAGUAAAAGAUACUAAAAUGUUCCUCAUUGAAAAAGCAGGGUUGGUCCAGAAUGUUCUGGCUGGGGUGGCCCAGCUGUGGUGCUGACUCAUGACAGACAGAGAUGAAUGCUACUUAUUUACCCUUUCUGUAUGCACUAAUAAAAUCUAUUUAAUUACUAAGGUUUUAGUUUCAUACAGAUGUUGCAAGUAAGUAAUCUACAAUCUCUCCACUAAGUAUGAUUUGAGUCCUGAAAGAUAACUCACUAAAGUAAAAAGUCACUGUAAAAGAAUAAAACCCUCACAACAACAUCUGCAGACUUUAAGUCUAAGGCUAUUUGGAUCUCAUUUAGCUUAUAGAUUGUGUCUUUAUAUUACCACGGAAAAAGAAGAGGAGGAGCUCUCACCUGCAAAUGGUUCUGGGAACUAUCAAUCUAGGGCUCAUACGGGCCCGUCCCCGUGGAGAUACAGGCUGUUAACUUAAUUACUGCUGAUUAAAUCUGCCUCUUUGCUUCCUACAGCCAAUGUUUAACUGAUCAAAGAGGAUGAGCCAUAUUGUAGAUAACACUACAUUUAUUUUAGUCUCCCACUUUGUAUUCCUCAGUAACAAGGGCACAGACCCACAAGGAAGAAGGGGAGUGUUUACGCUGAGGAAUCUGUAACCUCUGCGCUCUUUUUUCCUCUGAAGUUUUUCGUGUUGGAUGUAGCUUCAAAUGGAAAGCAGCUCAAUGAGAUGCAGAUCUUUUCCCAACUUGAGAAAAUCAUGAAAAUGGCAGAAAACGCAGAAGAGAGACUCCCUCCUCUUGGUAUCUUGACAUCUGACGGGAGGACAGAGUGGGCUCAAGCCAGAGACGUCCUAACGAAAGGUCUCCGCUUUAACAUUUGUCUACUCUCUAUAACUUGCAACAGUCUGCAGCAUGUUUCAGACACAUGAACUGAGACUUAUCCCAUGUCUCUGUCUAGAUCAAACCAACAGGGACUCUCUGGCCUUGAUAGAGAGCUGUAUUUGCCUGGUGUGUCUGGACGAACCCUGUGGUCUGGAGCCCAGAGAUACGACUAGGGCUCUGCUGAUGCUGCACGGUGGAGGCAGGGAGAAGAACGGAGCGAACCGCUGGUAUGACAAGUCAAUGCAGGUAGGGAUACCCACAGAGCUUUUCAACCCUCCAUGGAUUCGGAGUUUCGUCCGUCAGUUAAUUCACCUUCUCUCAGUUUGUUGUAGGACUGGACGGUGUGUGUGGAGUCGUGUGUGAGCAUUCGGCAUUUGAGGGGAUAGUUCUGGUGCAGUGCUCAGAAUACGUGAUGAAAUACAUGUAAGUACUGCACAUGCACUCACCCCGUCAUGGCCUUAACUUGACUUGGUUUUAAUCCCUGUCUUGGUCACGAUACAACUUAAAGGGCUAUUCCGGCAUAAAAUUAAUUUAGGGUUAAACACACCAUAACACAGAGUUAGACACCCCCUCGAGAGAUGAAUGUUGCUGGCCGCUUACUUCUCUAGUUAUACCGACCUUAGUAACGACCGCACGAUAGCAAUACACAACGGUCUGAGGAGCCAUAAACAAACCUCAACCAAAACACCACUCUACGCUGUGUAUUGCUAUUGUGCGGUCGUUACUAAAUUUGGUAUAACUAGAGGAGCAAGCGAUCGGCAACAUUCAUCUCUCAAGGAGGGCCUAACUCAGUGUUACGGUGUGUUUGACCCUAAAUUAAUUUUACACCGAAAUAUCCCUUUAACUGUCAAAAACCGCUUGGCGACAACUACUGAUGUCAACAUGCUGUUAUUGUCCUGAACAGAUCAGGGAGUCCGUCUAAGUUGGCGAGUGCGUCCAAUGUGAAAGAACUUGCCCCUCCAAGAAGGCUUCUCUGGAAAUGCAACGCAGACAUUCAGGGACUGUUAACAGCAGCUGGGGACAGACUCCAAAGGCAAGACGAAGACGGAAGAUUUGAAUAUCUACAAGUGAUUCCUUGAUUAUGUCUGAUAUCUUCUGUGUUUCUUCUUCAGGCUGGUGAAUAACCUCGACAUGGAUGUUUUCAAGUUCAACACAUAUGGGAAAGACUUUAUCAAAAAACAGAAGAUGAGUCCAGAUGCGUUCAUUCAAGUUGCUUUACAACUUGCAUUUUUCAAGUAGGGUAAACAAUUUAUCAUCUUUUCGGUCAGAGUUGGCGAUCUCAUGCUCUUUCAAAUAUUCUGAUAGAAUCAUAUCUCUAACAGAUGUGGAGGAAGGCUUGUGCCCACAUACGAGAGUGCGUCCAUUCGGCGUUUCCAAGACGGUCGUGUGGAUAACAUUCGCUCGGCCACCCUCGAGGCCCUGGCUUUUGUUAAGUCCAUGACAGACGAGAGGGUCACCUACACCGUGAGUCAUUUUUCUCACUUUGACCACAAUUACUGAGUAACUCCCACAUCAGCAGCUGAAGUGAAACAGGUGUGAGGAGUCUCUUUGAGUGUCCCCAUACAAGCAGAUGAUCUCCCUCUGGAUUAUUCAAAGCCGCAUACUUCCCCGUUUUAGUGUUUAAACUAUUCUUUAAACUGCGCUUUUACUUUUCUUUACAGGAUCAAGAAAAAAUGAAGCGGCUGAGGGAUGCAAUUAAUGCCCAGACAAACUAUACAAUUGCAGUAAGUACUUAAACGUGUAUAUUUGGCAAACAAACAUGGCGUUAAAAAGUUGCUUCAUCUUGAUAUUAAAAAUUACUAAAAACUCGCUUACGAAACACUUCAAUAUAUAGUGAAAAUUAAUUAAGACUUAACUGGGACACAGUUUAUUUGGCAGAUUGGAGACUGAGCAGCUGGUCUGAAUUCUACCAACAGCCAGAAAUAACCUCCAACCAGCACCCUGAAAGCUCAUUUUAAAUUUAAAAAAAAACAAUUUAGGGUUACUUCUUACCCAGGGGCAGCAACUUAGUGGACACUUGACCUCCCAAUAAGAUUUAGGCAUCCAAUGGGGCUCCAUACCAUGAAACAGUCCAGUAAAGAACUUCAACUUAAUGUUUAAAGCUCUAGUGAGGAACUUUCGAUUCAUGUCAAUUUUGGCGCCCCCUGUGGACAAAGCAGUCUUUGCUUAUCUUGUCCUCUACAUGCUUAAUUAGUGUGAGAUAACAAAGAAAUCCCAUUCUUUAACUGUGCACUCAAGACCUGAUCCAAUAAUUCAGCUUAUACCGAGCCUCUUAUUAUGAUAAUCCAUUCUUACAAACCAAAAACUGCACUUUUCAGGCUAUUACAGGAAUGGCAAUCGACAAUCAUCUCCUUGGACUUCUGAGAAUCUCCAAGGAGCUCAACAUGGAGAAACCAGAGAUCUUCUGUGAUGAGACAUAUGUGGCCAGUAACCAGUUCAUCCUUUCUACCAGUCAGGUAACAUCUGACCUUUUCAGUUCUACUGUACUCUUACUUUACUAAAAGUGUUACAAAAUGUUUGGUGUCUAGCCUACACAUUGUAUUUCCUAGAACCACUGACUCAUCCAUUUCUGUUUGUACCAGCUCAGCAUGGAGAAAACAGAGGAAAGAGGAAAUAAGAGGGCUGAAUUUCCUAAUAUAAGCUGCUUUUAUGCAAUCCUAUUCCACAGAAAUAUUAAAAAUGCUUUUACAGUGUAAUAACUGUGUGUGGAAAAAAGUUUUCCAAGCUGUGCUGCUUCUCCAGAGCAUGCACGAAGAAAACAACCAUGUUCAGAUCAUACAGGUUCUCCUUAAAACAACUGUUUAAAACAAUCUACCAUCUGCAAGUCUGAACAAAACCUUCUCGUUUUAGAGUUCUCAUUUAAUUCAUUGAAGCUAUUUCCAAGACAUGACUGUGAUUGCACAAAACUAAGAAAAUGGCCCCUUAAAAAUGUGUCACCGAACUCCACGGUGGGCUUUUAAACAGGGAGGGAGACAGCGAAACUUAACAAAAGCGCCAGGCUAAUUAGGAUGUUUUGUUUAUGCUGGUUUUCAGGAUCCUCACUGAAGCUGUGUGCUUCCUGUCUUGUAUUUUUAAUUAGAAACCCUGCCUGACUCGACGUCUGCUCUCAGCAUUUAAUGACUGAGAUCAUCAUUUUAUUCUGCCCAACUUUCCUGAAAAUUAAAGCUGAACACAUACAUAGCAUACAUCGACAUUAAAAAGAGUGAAGCAGAAGGCUUACACUGACCAAACGUUAGUCCUCGACAUCAAGGAUCGAACACUUUUCCUCGUAAAGCCAUAAGGUCAUGAGGUUUUAACUUUCUUGUUUGCUAACUAAUGGACCCCGAACUAUGUCCUCUUGUAUCCAGGUCCCAACCACAGUGGAAAUGUUCUGCUGCUACGGCCCCGUGGUGACCAACGGCUACGGCGCCUGUUACAACCCACAGUCAGAUCACAUCCUCUUCUGCGUGUCAAGUUUCUGGGAGAACACCGAGACGAGCUCGGCUGUUUUCAUCAAAGCCCUGAACGAGGGCCUGCUGGAAAUCAGGGACUUGUGCAAUAGAAGCAGCGCAACGGCUAGCAAACAGGCCGAUAGCAGCCAGGGAGCGGGUCGGCCACAAAAAUCAGGGAAGUAA